CCACGCUCGUAGCCAUGGAUAAGGUGGAUAAGGUGGUCGCCGGGGGUGGCGAGGUGCAGCAGUCGGAGCCGGAGCCAGAACCGGCUGCUGAGCCGUCGACGUUUGCGGAGCUGGGCAUCUGCCCCAAGCUGGUGGAGGCGUGUGACGCCAUGGGGUGGAAGCAGCCCACGAAGAUCCAGGCGGGGGCCAUCCCUUACGCUCUCAAAGGCAGGGACCUGAUUGGUCUGGGACAGACGGGGUCGGGGAAGACAGGUGCCUUUGCGCUGCCGAUUAUCCAGGCGCUGAUCCAGCACCCCCAGCCCUUCUUCGCCUGCGUCAUGUUGCCCACGAGGGAGCUAGCGAUUCAGAUUGCGGAGCAGUUUGAGGCGUUGGGGUCAGCGAUCGGCUUGGUUUGCUCAGUGCUUGUUGGAGGAGUUGACCGGAUGCAGCAAGUGUUAUCCAUUGCAAAACGUCCACAUAUUGUGGUUGGAACUCCUGGCCGUCUUUUGGACCAUUUGAAAGAUACAAAAGGUUUUAGCCUAACUAAAUUGAAAUACUUGGUACUUGAUGAAGCUGAUAAAUUACUUAAUUUGGAGUUCAAGGAAUCACUUGAUGAGAUUCUGAAUGUCAUUCCUAAAGAAAGGAUAACCUACCUUUUUUCAGCGACAAUGACCAAAAAGGUAAGCAAACUGCAACGUGCUUGUCUCAGAAACCCUGUCAAGAUUGAAGUAUCCUCCAAAUAUUCUACAGUGGACACACUUAAAGAAGAGUGGUACUUCGUUCCUGCAGAUUACAAGGAUUGUUAUCUUGUUCAUGUUCUGAAUGAGUUGCCAGGGAGCAUGACCAUGAUCUUCGUGCGGACCUGCGAGUCAACAAGACUCCUUGCUCUCACUUUAAGGAAUCUUGGUUUUAAAGCUCUCUCUAUCAGUGGCCAGAUGAGUCAGGACAAAAGACUAGGCGCUUUAAACAAGUUCAAAGCAAAGGAAUUCAACAUCCUUAUUUGCACCGACGUGGCAAGCCGUGGUCUUGACAUUCAAGGAGUUGAUGUGGUUAUGAAUUAUGAUAUUCCAAUGAAUUCUAAGGAUUAUGUACAUCGGGUCGGUAGGACUGCGCGUGCAGGGCAAUCAGGAUAUGCUGUAUCUUUUGUGAAUCAGUAUGAGGGUCUGUGGUUUAAGAUGAUCGAGGCGCUCCUUGGAAAGGAAAUUCCUGUCCGGACGGCAGACGCUGAUGAGAUCCUGAUACUUCGUGAGCAUAUAUCCGAUUCAAAGAGGAUUGCACUGAUGAAACUGAAGGAGGACGGUGGUCACAAGAGGAGGAAAGCGGAGGACGAGGAUAAAGAAGAGGAGGAAGCUCCAAGAGGUCGCCACCGAAAACCGAGGUCUUUCAAGAAAUCAAAAGGGCGGCGAUAG